GUUGAGAAGGUUGUAGAGCCCCGCCCUAGCCCGAAGAGUGCGCCACUCAAAACAAAGGGUGAGGCCAAAGCCCUUGAGAAUGGGGCAAGCAAAGCUGCGCCAGCCCAAAACAAGAAGGCAGGAGGAGAUGCCAAGGGGAAGGCAGCUGCUAAGGCUGACAAGGAUGCUCCUAAGCCAAAGAAAGAGAGGAGGGUCUUUGACAUGCCAGGGCAGACCAGGGAGACCCCUGAUGAGACGGAUCCCUUGCGGAAAUUCUACACAUCUCUGAAGGAGCAACGGCCAGACAGCGCCAUUGCCAAGAAAUGGUUGUUACAAACCGGUCUUCUACCACUGGAGGAGGCACAGGAGGAGGUUGCCAAAGGGAAGAACAACAAGUCGCCCUCGAAGCCGUCGAGGAAAUCAGGCAGCAGCGCGGGCGGCGCCACGGGCCGCAGCGGGGGUUCCGCCAGCGCAGGGGCCUCCCGCAAGGCCAAUGGCAAGAAGCCGGCCGCCAACGGUGGCGCCAAAUCAGGCGCCAAACCGGGCGCCAAGAAGCGGAAAGCAGAGUGGAGCGAGGGUGAGGAGGAGAGCAGCAGCGAUGAGGAGUUCAACAGCGAUGACGAGGUCCCCCUUGCACAGAGAGCCAAGGCCAAAAAGCCCGUAGCCAAGAAGCCUGCCCCGGCCAAGCGACCCGCCAAGAAGUCUAAGGAUGUGGCAUUUGCAGAUGGGGGCUUGGGGGACCCAGGAUCUGACUCGGAAGAUGACAUACCCAUUGGACAACGAAUGAAGAAAUGAGGGAUUCACUGCACGACUUGUGCUGCCGUACCUACAGACGUAGACUAGCGAACGUUGCAAGACGAAUUAACCGAAAGAGAACGCAGACAGCAAGGCAGGGCGCGUGCAAUAGAAACAUGCAGUAUAUGCCGUGCAGACUAGUAUUGUUGCCAUUGAACGAGACACUUCAGCAAUCAUUUCUGACCCUUAAUAUUUCACUGUAUAUCUCUACUGCCACCUUGGCACAUGCAUGCCUGUACAUGUAGUGCGAGCUGACAAGUGCCAGUGGUGGAAUUAUGACAUUUCUGACCACGAGUCCCAUGACGUUAUCAUGGCGGCAUCACAACCGCAGUGUAAAUCUCACUGG